ACAAAGUAUAGAAAAAAAUGGAACAAGUCAAGUUUCUGGAAUAUAUUUAUGGAGGUUUUCCGAAACUUGAUAGAUUUUCGAUUAUAAACAAACGUUUCACACUCUCCUUUUUAAUGUUUAUUGGAUUUACAAUAAUGUCUUCUGGAGUUAUGCUGACUCAUGGAAACAGUUGUAUGAACUCAUCGAAUGGAGAGAUUGACGAUCCCUUCCUACAUCUAUCAAGUUUUUUAGUAGGUUAUAUUAUAAUCCAACUUCCAGCUGCUUGGCUUAGUUUAAAAUUUUCACCACUAAUUUGGUUUGGUCGAACUAUUUUGGCUCACGCAAUUCUAUUAUUUGCAGUAGCGUUAUUUGGAAGUCUUGGCUAUAUAUUUCUGGUAGUAUUGAAAUUCUUUGAAGGUGUUUUAGCAGGAAUAGUAUUUAUAGUAUGCCAUGCGGCUUGGAAAAAUUGGACACCCGCUGCAGAACGCUCCACAUUACUCACAUUCGCUUUGGCUGGAUCGUAUCUCGGUGAUUUAUUUGGAAUAGUUAUGUCUAUAUUUUGUGCUUCAUUACCAUUGUGGAUGUUUGUAUGUUGUAUUAUUGGGAUUUUUGGAAUAAUAUGGUGGUUAGUUUGGGAGCGUACAGUAUAUGAAUCACCAAAUAAACACCCGACCAUAAGUGAUGAAGAAUAUAAUCAGAUUCAUCCACUUAUUCAAGAAGAACUACGACCAACUGAAGGUGUAUCAUGCAAACAAAUUAUUUUGUCAACUCCGUUUCUAGUGUUGGUAGCUUUGAAUGUUGUUAGAUCUUGGAAUGGAAGGUUUUUAACUUAUGAUGUUGAGCAUUCGAUCAUUAUUUUGAUAAUAAGACUCAUUGCAUUUCCCUUAUCUGGAUAUUUGGCUGAUGUUUUGGUACGAAAAACUUCAUUAACUAUUACUAAUGUUCGAAAAUUAUUCGUUAUUGGUGUCACUUUGAUGGAAGCUGUUUAUUUCUUUAUAAUAAUGCAUCAUAGCCACCAUAACAAAGGAACUUGGUUACAUUUGGUUUCAUUUUUAAUGCAAAUAUUAUAUCAUGUCGCUUUUAGUGCAGUCAGCGUAAAUGCUGUAGAUAUAGCACCAAGUCAUGCUGGUGUUACAGUUGCGAUAACAAGUGUUAUUUCAGAUAUUAUUAUGUCAUUUGGAUUCGAUGUUGAUAUUUUUUUGGAUAAAAUAGGUUGGACUGAUGUGAUAAAUUUCAUUUCAAUUGUUGUACAUUUAAUUGUUGGAGUAAUAUUCGGCAUUUAUGGAACUGCAGAACCUAUCACCGCCAAAGGAUAAUAAUGCUGACUAUAAAUUGAUAUUCUUGGCUGUAAUAUUAUUUAAUGGUU